GAUGUUUGGGGAGGCUCUUGAUAAGCUUUGGCGUGCGCGUCUGCCUUGCUGAACUUCGUAAACAGCGCUGGCUCCGAAUAGGCUUUCCACUGCUUGAAAGGGUCGAGGAUGCUUUAGAGCCCCGGAGGGCUCCCGAAGAAAUGUUGAAGUUCUGCCUUCAACUUGGAAAACGUUUAAAUUGAGGCAGUUGACAAAAUGGAGGGCUGCCGUGGAGUCCAGGAGAGAAGCAAAUUGCAAAUUGUUAACCUGAAGCGUCGGGGAUGAGCAGUUGAGCGCGCAUCGGUGCGUGCUGAACAAGGUGUAUGGGAUGUGCCUGUUGCAAAGCCUGACCAAUGAGACCUGCCUUUUGCCCUUGUUUGGGGGUUUGCUGUGUGCUUGGCCCACAAGCAAAGUCUUGAGUUGGAGUUACCUGUGUCCUGCAGUACAGGCUUGGAUUCACAUUUUUCUGGGAUAUGCUCAUUUGGCCUGUGUAACCUCAUGAAAAUGUUACCAUUUGAACAUAAUGACUCUUUUCUUCCCUGGCUUCCUGUUCCCUUUCCUUGUGGAGUGCUUGUUUGAUGCACCACAACUCUGUAGCAGUGGGAGGAACAUUCCCCGUGACCUGACUGAUUGGAUUCAUUUAGCUGCAGUUUAGGGAAGGCCCUGAGCAAGAGACAAGAAAAAGAGGCUUCCAUCUCUAAUGCUGGAAAAUAGAAAAAUGUAUUUAAAUAAGGCCUGAAGGACUUCUUAUUUGCCAGAAGUAUUUCUCUCUGCUGGCCUUUGUAUGUGGACCACCCUCUGUCCUGUUCAGCCUGUUUAGAUUUUGACUUAAAUGUAGGCUCUUAGUCCGGUGUAAAGCUGACGGGUGGGAGCAAAGGUAAAGAAUGAUGUAAUGCAGCAGCAGCCAGAAAGCAUCUUUUGUUUGAAUUGUGAAAUGGCUACUCCAUAGUCAUCUCCCGAUGAAUCAGAUGUGAGGGGCUGCUUUGUGGAAUGAACCCUUUGUAACGGCACAUCAACUGGAAGCAGGAGGAGACAUUCAGUUGAAGAGCUCUUUCUGAAAAUGGGUUUAACUUUUCUUUUGCCAGUCACUACCAGCAUGACCUCAUACACUUCUAGUACAAUGGUGUGGCUAAGCCUUUGAGUACACAGCCAUUACAUCAUUGCAGCAAAUUAGAGAGGGAGGUGGUGAAAGAGGCCUUAUUGUUGUCAUGGCCGAUGAGAUGAUCAGGACUCAACUCAUUGUCGCCGAGAAGUUGGUGGCUUUGCUGGAGAGUGGUACAGAAAAAUUACUGCUGAUUGAUAGCCGCCCCUUUGUGGAAUACAAUACGUCCCACAUCUUGGAUGCCAUCAACAUCAACUGCUCCAAGCUUAUGAAGCGGAGGCUGCAGCAGGACAAAGUUUUGAUUACAGAGCUCAUUCAGCAUUCAGCAAAACACAAGAUUGAAAUUGACUGCAAGCAGGAAGUGGUGGUGUAUGACCAAAGCUCUAAAGAUGUGACCUCUCUCUCAUCUGACUGCUUUCUUACUGUGCUUCUGGGCAAACUGGAGAAGAAUUUCAGCUCUGUGUAUCUGCUUUCAGGUGGAUUUGCUGAGUUCUCCAGCUCUUUUCCGGGUCUCUGUGAAGGAAAAUCCACGCUCAUCCCUACUUGCAUUUCUCAACCCUGCCUACCUGUCUCCAACGUUGGCCCAACCAGAAUCCUGCCUCAUCUCUAUCUUGGGUGCCAGCGGGAUGUUCUCAACAAGGAGCUGAUGCAGCAGAAUGAUAUUGGCUACGUACUGAAUGCCAGCAAUACUUGUCCAAAGCCUGAUUUUAUUCCAGAAUCCCAUUUCCUGAGAGUGCCUGUGAAUGACAGCUUUUGUGAGAAAAUUUUGCCUUGGUUGGAUAAAUCAGUCGAUUUUAUAGAAAAAGCAAAAGCAUCAAAUGGCCAUGUGUUAGUGCACUGUUUAGCUGGAAUAUCUCGCUCUGCCACAAUCGCUAUUGCAUAUAUCAUGAAGAGAAUGGAUAUGUCCUUAGAUGAAGCUUACAGAUUUGUGAAAGAAAAAAGGCCAACCAUUUCUCCCAACUUCAACUUUCUGGGCCAGCUGUUGGACUUUGAGAAGAAGAUCAAGAACCAGAGCGGUCAGCCUGGACAUUUUAGUAAGCUGAAACUUCUGCAUUUGGAAAAAACCAGCGAGCACGUGCUGGUCCCGGAAGGUGGGCAGAGCAGCCUCUCCGCUAACCAGCUCUGCGUUACCGCUACCUCCGAGAGGGUGGAGCAGGCGCUGGCGGAGCGGGGCAGCACGCCCCGCGGCCACCCGUCCCCCCUGGAGGACGGCCCACUGGUGCAGGGCAUAAACGGGCUGCACGUCUCCCUCGAUAAGGUGGAAGACAGCAGCCGCCUGAAGCGCUCCUUUUCUUUGGACAUCAAAUCUGUAUCGUACUCGGCAAGCAGCAACUGCGUGACCGCAGCGGUUCAGGGCUUUGCCUCCUCCGAAGACACCCUGGAAUACUACAAACACACGACUGCUUUAGAGGGCAGCAGCAAGCUGUGUCAGUUCUCCCCUGUCCAGGAGGUCUCGGAGCAGACCCCAGAAACGAGCCCCGACAAAGAGGAAGCGAACCCUCCCAAGAAGCCCCCGAGCACCUGGCAGCUGGACAGCCAGAGCAAACGGCAGCACCUGGGGAGAGGCGGCGGCGGUGCCCCCACGCAGCGGUCGCUGCUCUACCCCCUCCACCGCAGCGGGAGCGUGGAAGACAACUACCGAACGAACUUCUUGUUCGGUCUCUCCACCAGCCAGCAGCAUUUGGCGAAGUCUGCGGCUGGGCUGGGCCUCAAAGGCUGGCACUCGGACAUCCUGGCUCCUCAGACGUCGGCCGCGUCCCUUACCAACAGCUGGUAUUUUGCAGCCGAGUCCUCGCAUUUCUACUCUGCCUCCGCCGUCUACGGGAACAGCGCUGCUUACUCUGCCUACAGCUGCAGCCAGCUGCCCACGGGCUGCGACCAAGCCUGCGCGGUGCGCAGGAGGGCAAAGCAGGGUGAUCGAGGUGACUCCCGGCGGAGCUGGCAUGAGGAGAGCUCUUUCGAGAAGCAGUUUAAGCGCAGGAGCUGUCAGAUGGAGUUUGGGGAGAGCAUCAUGUCGGACAACAGAUCCAGAGAAGAACUGGGGAAAGUAGGCAGUCAGUCGAGCUUUUCAGGCAGCAUGGAAAUCAUUGAAGUGUCUUGAGGGGCAGCAGGCUUGUGUGACUGUGUCGGACUUGCUUCCCCCCUCCAGGCUGCUUCCCCAGCAUUUGAGAGGUCCCUGUAAAUCUGAAGAGAAAAAACUUCAUGCAAAAAAGGCGGGGGGAGGAAAGAAAUGUGAGGCUUCAGUGUGAACGCAGGGACUAGAUUAAUACAGCAAAGAAAUGACAAGUGAGCAUCUGCCCGAGGAGACUAAGUGCACUGCUGGGUUUUUCUCCUCCCCUUUUCCUGGAGAAGGGCAAAACAUUUCAAAGAUCUUUCCCUGACAGAGGGAGCAAUUAUAUGCAAUGGAUUGCACAUCCUUUCAGUGGUUUUAAAAAGGAAGCUCUCUUGGUAUCAAACCCUUUCUCUGGUUCCACUGAAACAUGCUUUGACCUAUCCAACCUAGUUUUGUUCUCCCCUCCUCAUGCCCCACGUCUUCACCGGUGCACCUUAGCCCUGACACUGAGCCAACCUCUGGAGGGAGACCUUUUUCCCGUAAGAAAGGAGACCGGGAGCGAUUCCAAAGGAAGUAGGGACUGGUUACAGCAAGGCUGGUGUGAACACACAGUUCAGACCAAUGUAAAUACUGGUGUAACUAUUGUUCUAAUGGAUAGGCUUUAGGUGACUUGCUAGAGAGCUGCUUCAGAGAAGAAAAAAAAAAAAAAAAACCCCAGUACCUCAAAAAUAUAAAAAAAUAAACUAGGGCUUUAUGGCUGCCAGAUGCUGGUAGUCAGUUCAUAAGCAAUGUGAACAAGUAACGACUAGCCACAUUUGAUUGUUAUUUUUUUUUUUUUUUAAAGCUGUCUACGCACAAGUGUUUCAGUUGGCUCAGCAGCAAUUCUUAAAAAAGACGAAUGAACCAUACUUAAUGACUGUUUCCCCAAGUCUUUUGAAACAUAAAAUAAACAGUAUUUGUAUUUUUAAUAUUAAGCUGGCUUCUGGGAGAGGGGCAGCUGCUUUGGCUUUUAAGCUAUAAUGGAGUGGUUAAUACUUAGGGUUACGUGCAAGAGAAGUGCCUGGUACAAUACCGCAACAUUCUUUUUUUGCCAAAUGACAAUUCACUAGAUGGCUCUUGAAGGCUUUUUUUUUUUUUUUUUUGAGUUUUGGUUUUAUUCUUUUUUAACGCUAAAAAUGAGUUGGGCUUUUGUCCUUAACUGAGCAGUACCGCUAAGGAACUGCUCUUCAUCCAUGGUUCCAGUCGUGCGUGGGGUAGGGGCAAUUCGGGUGGUGUUUUUUUUCCCACCUGAACACCCUACCCAAACCAUGGGGAGACAGAAGCUUCUCACUCCUUUUGCUGACUUCAUCUUGAGGGAGAGAAGUCUGGCUGGCUGUCCGAGGAAAACGGGGACCCCCCAGCAUCCCGUCUCUCGGCGCGGGGCGAAAGAAAGGGGCUUUGAGAAGAGGCAGCUUUAGUGGGAAGCCCGCUCACCUCCUGCACUCGCGGCUCCAGAGGAACUUGGUCCUGGCCCUCGUCCUCUGUCCCAGCGCCGGCGCUUGGCCCUCCCCGCGUGCCCCAGCGCAAGGGGCUGUCCCGUCACGGGGGUCGGGGCACAGCCCUUCUUGGGGUGGCUGCCCCUGCAGCUCCCCCUCCGUGCGGUGCCGCGGCUCACGCUGUUUUACGGGCGCGCGUUGCCGCGACAGGUUUGUUUUUUUUUUUUUUGGGUCAGUGAGGGGGGUACCAGAGGCACAGCGUAAAGCUUCGUCCUUCCCGCUUCCACGGGAGCGGCACACGCCUUGUCUCGCUCUUCCCCAGCACCCCCAACACCUGUGUCAGGGGGGGAACUAGAUUGUUUUGUCCCAUUUCAGUGCAGGCAGCUGAAAAAUUGUGAAUCGCAUGGAACAAAUAACCCCUGGCCAACAGCUUUAAAAAAAAAUGCGUCAGUGGCAAACUGAAGCCCUAAUUCAAGUCAGCAGCUUGGGUUAUGUUUGUUUUGGUUUUUUUUUUUUUUUACUGUAAGUUUAGCUAGUUUGUGACUCAAAUCUCAGGUUUUACUAUAUUGAGAAGUGGAGAAGAUUUUGUCUUUGUUUCGUUUUGUGGCUAGGAUGUGACUUUAAUUUCCUACAGCGGACUGUUGAAAAUAGCACUGAAAGCUACAGCAUUAAUUAACUCGAUCCUAAAAACUGCAAAAAGGCACAGAGAGGCAGCAGCCCCAGGAGUAACUGAACCCAGAGGCUGUGUUUGCGCUGCGUGUAGGAGAUGCUGGAAGAAGGGGUAGUCUGGGCAAGGGGCAGGUUGGCACCACACUGGAAAGCACGUCAGGUCUUGGCUCGUCAUUGAACGCACGGCCACUCGUCUCUGUUUACACAUCAGGUGAAAGGGAUUACCAUUGCAACAACGAUCUCCAGCGCGUACGCGCACUCUGUGUGUGUACGUACCUGCGGAAACAGUUCAGCAGUGCUCCUCUCAGCCAGAUUUCAGUAACAGCCCCUGUCUUUGAUUUAAAUCAGUUAAUGGGGGUUAACACAAAUCAAUCCCUAGAGGCAGAAACAGAAUCUUCCUGUCUUUUGUGCUCACUCACGCCUGUGUUCUCCCCUUCUCUCUAUACAUACAGCUACGUACGUUUGGGUUUUGUUCGGUUAAUCGCCUUCCGAGGAGCUGAAAUCUGGUUUUCUCAUGAUUUUCCAAUAUGCUAUAGUCACUGAAUGAAUCAAAGCUGUAGGCUUAGUAUUUUUAGGGGACAGGUUCCUGUAGGAGGAAGCCUUAACCCCAGGUCCUGCACAGGGUGGUACCCUGUCUCCUAUCUGAACAAUGCUGGAAACGGUUUGUAAGCGUUCGGAAAGCGAAGUGGACGAUGUGAGGGGGGAAAUGCAUACAUGUUCAAUAUGACUAGAAUGUUGUUUGGUGUAUGGCAAGCUGGUUAAAUGGUUCAGAGGGAUGUGAGUUUCUCAUCUUGUUGCGUCAUGAGCAUUACCUGUAUGUUAUGAUGAAAUAAAAUCAGAAAUGGUACCUGUUUAUAUAGAA